AUGGUUGUGAACAAUCUCCAAUUUCCGCAACGAACAGAUUCCAUUAUUCAGACUUUGCAGACACAUAUUGGACAACUUGCCACUUCGAUGAAUGUCAUGCAGCAAGCCCAAGGAUCAAACCAACUUCCUUCCCAAACAGUUGUGAAUUCAAAAGGCCCUAAUGCUAAUGUGAGUGCAAUUUCGUUGAGAUCCAGGAAGGUAACAGAACCAGCCCCAGAAAAAAAUAAAAAAGUUCUUGAGGUAACACUUGAACCUUCUUCCGUUGUGAUAGAAACUGAACCCUCUGUUGUGCUAGAAACUGAAAAAGAAAAAGAGAAAGAGUAUGUGCCACCAGUUCCCUUCCCAUAUAGAAUACUGAAAAAUAAAAGGAUUGAUGAUGGAUACAAGGAGAGAGAGAUUUUAGAUGUGUUUAGAAAAGUGGCGGUAAACAUUCCGCUUCUUGAUAUUAUUAAGCAGGUUCUAAAGUAUGCAAAAUUUCUAAAAGACUUAUGCACAAGUAAGAGAAGGUUGAAGGGCAAUGAGAGAGUAAUUUUGGGACGAAACAUUUCAGCCCUUAUCCAGCCUAAGCAGUCACCUGAGAAAGCUACUGUUUCAUCCCUCAAUCAGGGUAACAUUUCUCCUACAGGUGAAGUUUUCCAUGAAGUUUUUUAUGCAAUUGAAGCUCUUGACAUCCCGAUUGUCCCAAACACCUCAUCCAUUGAGCAACCACCUUCCCUAGAGCUGAAACAACUCCCUGAAAAUCUGAAAUAUGCUUAUUUAGAUAGUAAUGAAAAACUUCCGGUUAUAAUUUCUUCUAACCUUGAUUUCGAUCAAGAAAGUAAGUUUUUCCAAGUUUUGAGGAAGCAUAAAAAGGUGAUUGGGUGGACAUUGGCUGACAUACCAGGCAUUAGUCCUUCAAUGUGUAUGCACAGGAUUUUACUUGAGGAUGGUUGUAAAACAGUGAGGCAGCCCUAUAGGAGGCUUAAUCCUUUGAUUCUCGAUGUUAUGAAGAAAGAGGUAACCAAACUCUUGCAAGCAGGUUACUUUCAUAUUCAUAUUGCACCAGAAGAUCAAGAAAAGACCACUUUCAUGUGUCCAUUCGGUACAUUUGCUUACAAGAGGAUGCCUUUUGGUCUUUGUAAUGCUCCUAGCACAUUUCAGGGAUGCAUGAUUAGCAUUUUUGCUGAUUUUAUUGAAAAUUGCAUGGAAGUGUUUAUGGAUGAUUUCACUGUUUAUGGUUCUUCAUUUGAUGCAUGUUUGAAUAGUUUAAAUUUGGUUUUAGAGAGAUGCAUUGAAACUGACCUUGUUUUAAAUUAUGAAAAAUGCCAUUUUAUGGUCGAACAUGGAAUUGUCCUGGGUCACAUAAUUUCUAAAAAAGGAAUUCCAGUAGACCCUACUAAGGUUAAUGUUAUUUCUACACUUCCUUACCCAUCUUGCAUUCACGAGAUUCGUUCUUUUCUUGGUCAUGCAGGUUUUUACAGGUGCUUCAUAAAGGAUUUCAGCAAGAUAGAUCUUCCGCUAUCAAACUUGUUGAAUAAUGAUGUCACUUUUAACUUUGAUGACAACUGCAAAAAAGCAUUUGACUUCUUGAAGAAAGCAUUGACCUCCGCCCCUAUCAUCCAGCCCCCUGACUGGACCCUCCAUUUCGAGAUUAUGUAUGAUGCUUCAAACUAUGUUAUUGGGGCGAUCCUUGCACAAAGAGUUGAUAAGGCUUCCCAUGUUAUUUAUUAUGCUUCUAGGACUUUAGAUUUUGCAUAA